ACAAUAAGCUUUCAUCCUGCCAAAUCUCUCACAGUCGCUGAGAGCAAAGACAUUUUAUAGAAGAGCAGCUCCACAUGAAUGUGACCGAGCAGUUUGCUUAUGUUUUAGUCCUUUCGCAGACACACGACCGACAGUAGCGCGAGUCAGCAAGCUGAGUGACAUUCACUAGUGUAUAAAAGUAGCUCGCGUAAAAAAAUUACUAACUAAAUACAGAAAUUAAUAAAGAAAAAUAUCUAUCACAAACAUCGUUUAGCUGCCAUCUAAGCUUAAAAAUAUUAGUAUCAACUUAUUCGUAAUUAAUAUAGAAAUAUGUAAGAGUUUGUAUUUUAUUAAAAUAAAUCGCGAAAACGUGACUAUCCAAUAGGCAAAAAUAUUGCAUUUCGCCAUGGCUAGUGUGUGCGAAAAUGUAGUAUAAGCGAAGUUGCCAAGAAUUGGGUGCAAGUAGGUAAAAGCCGAGGGAAAUUUUCAAGGACUCGUCGGGACAAUCCACACAUACACGCACAUAUGCACAUAUACUUACAUAUAUACAUAUAUGCAUUCUUCAAUUUGCAUUCAAGCGACCAACAGCAGACUUCAUAUCAAAAGUCGAGCCAGUGAAAUGCAUUUUUGGAUCGAUAAGCGCUCUCAACAAUGUGGCUUUGGAAGAUCACGUGUUGCAGCCUCACUCUCAGGUGCUGGAGGGUCUGGUCUCAGUUUUGGACAUCCACCACGACGCAUAAGCAGCGGCAGUGGCAGUAAAUCGAGCAGUAGAAGCGCACUGCCAGACUGCCAUCACAGCAAUGUGGCUAGCAGCAGCGGCAGCCGUAGUCACCAAUAUCAACAUCCACAUCAGCAUCAACAGCUACAACAACAUCAACAGCAACUGCAGCAAGCAAGUAAUAACAAUAAUUUCAAUGGUGGCAACAAUUGUCAGCAAUCACAUCACAGUAGCAACAAUAGCAAUUAUACUCAAAGUAACAGCAACACCGCCAAUAUCACCGCCAACGCUGCCAACACUGGCGCUUCUAUACAAUCCACCACCGCCUCGGUGACGCUCAACAACAAUCCCCACCAGUAUGGUUACCAGCAGACGCAACAUCAUACCAGCGGUAGCGGCUCAAUGCUGAGCCACCAUAUGCCUGCUAAUAGCAAUAUAACGAACAACAACAAUGCCACCACAUCUACGUCCACGGCUACAGCAGCCGAUGCGCGCGCUGUCACGCCCGGAGCGCAAAAUUUUAAUCAACGUGGCGCUGCAUUGUUGCAAAACACUGUUGGCACACCAAAUACGCCGCUCUAUCAACAGCACACAAAUCAAUGCUACGAUAUGCGCAGCUAUCAUCAUCCCCAGUUUGGCAACAUGUCGGUGCGACAUUAUCAAUAUCCUGGCAGAAAUUGCACUGGUCCAACACAUACCAAUGCUGCAAAUUCCGCGGCACAUGCAUAUCGCGGCGGCGGUAACAGCAGCACAAGAGCAAUAGUUGGCGCUACAACUGCAGCGUCUUCAAUGUCCACUAUGCAACAUCUCGAUCAAAUGCCAUAUCGACAACAACAUGCCUUCAGCCACUGCACCACUGGUCCUGCUCAGUCGAAUGAGUCGAUCAUGGGCGGCUCUGCACCCAUUUCCACCAAUACCACAAACACCGCUAGUUACGCAGUGGCCAACACAGCGCAUCGCUAUAGCUCCGCCGCCAUAAAUAUGCGCGCCAGCAAUAUGACUGUGGAUACGGGUGGCGGUGACGCCCAACUGCUGCCCUCACAUCUGAAGUGCGGAAUGUGCGCUUCGUUGGUGCUGGCUUCCGUAUUUGUAGCAGGCGCUAAAUUUUAUUUUGACCAUCAGGGCACCGGCUUGGAGGUGUUGAUCUUCUGCGCUUUCUCCGCCACAUUCUUUUUAGCCGCUUGCACUGUUUCACUCUGCCGCGUACCGAAAGGCCUACUUCCGAGUGGUCGCAAUGCUGUACUCGGCGCGCAACAGCGCACUGAUGCUGAUAGUGGUAUGCAUUGUACGCGUGCUCCCUACGGUAGACGUGACAUCAUGAACAGUGAUGGAACUGGUGGCGGUGAUUUGGGGGGUUUGGAUGACAUACAUGGCGCACCGUUAUGCGGUCAACUGCAAUUGAUUGAGGACUCGGCAAGUGCUGGACCACCACCAUAUCAUAUAGCAAUCUACUUUCCGGAGACAGAGAACAGUGGCAAGGGAAAAGAGGCACCGAUCGAUGAUGAAUCACCGCCGCCGUCCUAUGAUAAGAUACUUAUCUAAAUUUAAAGAGUGAUGUAUAGAAGAGAGAUAAUUUUUACUAUGGCGAAAGCCUAUUAAUAAUCUGAUGUCAAUGAUAUGACAGAAAUCAACCAAUCUUCAUUAUCUUAUAUUGAACAUUUUGUAUAUGUACAUAUAUACAUAUGUAUGUAGAAGUUAUAUCUUCCCAUGACACAUGUCUUCCUUUUACGAGUUUUUAGGAUUAAACUUUGGUAAUCAUAUUUUUAUAUUUUUUUGAAUACAUUCAUUCAUAUACAUAUGUACAUACAUAUAUGCAACGUUUCAUUGCCUAUUUUAAAAGCAGUAAUGGAAGCUGGGCUUGGAUUUCGUCACGGUUCUUGAGUGUGACUUUACAUGAUGCCACGACUAUGAAGAAGUUUUGAGAAAACUUUACCAUAAGGUUGGUCUAAUACUCUAAGAUGAUUCACUUGAAAACAUUCUUGAGUUUAUCUUAUAAAUAAUCCGUGGUGUUCUUCAUUCGUAGAGAAACGGCCAAAAUAAAGUAGAAAAGCCUUUGAGGCAAAGUUACAGUAUUAUUUUUCAAUGCAUUUGAUUCUUGAGUAGAUUAAAAAAAAAAUCGACUACAACGCCCAAAAAAUGCGUUUUCUAAUAGCGGCCACCGCAGGGCAGGAAUGGCAAUUCUACGAGUAUUUUUCUGCCAUUAAAAGACUUCUCAUAAAAACCAUCUGCCGUUCGGAGCGAUGGACCCCGCGAUUUAUGUGAUAACUUCAAGACACGCUCCACAAAUUUUAGGGCAAGCUCGGCCAAACACACAACAAAAAUAUCUGAGUGAAAAAUGCACAAUACGCAAAACGCAAUACGUGUGCAGAAAACAGAACUCAUACUGUAUGCCGACCAUUGUACUGCUUUCGUGUGCCUUUUAUUUAAUCUGCUUUAAAUCUGUAUGAUUUACGAAUAAACUUAAGCAGAUUGCUGGGUGUCAAGGAGCUCAGCUGUCCGUCUCGCAACACAUCGCGGCCGAAUGUCUCAUACCUCAAUUCUUGCAAGGCGAGGCAGAAGCACAAAAGGUCUUCAAGGCAGGAUGGGCAAAUGUAGUUCUAAUGUAUUGUCAGCAGUCCGAACAAGUGUCUCCAAUCCAGUCUGCUCAGUGAGAUCAAGUAAUUAAAUAGACCGUCUGAGAUUGAAGGCAACAUGCAUUUGGCACAUCUCCAGCCCGUCAAUGCCUCCCAGUAAUCGCUGAGCGAAGUAUUCAACCAGUUUCCGAUACUGGCUUCGAUACAAUGACUGGUUGCAGACGGCGGAAUGAACGGUCUGAGCCAAUUCUGGUCAAAUGAUCAGAUAUUCCUUUGCCAGGUACUCCCGAGUAAACUGGCACCCAGAGUAAAGCAUACUCGUUAUGUUUACCAACCAACCUUCAUUCCAACCGUAUUGCAUUGAUAACUCAUAGCAAUUUUAUUUGCCGUGGCCAACAAUAUAGUCGGACAUGCAAAUUUUUUCUGAGAUAAGGCUGGACAUUUCUAGUAGAUUUUUUGGAUCACUGAACUCGCAUCUGAACUCAGAAUUGCUCUAUCACAGGUUUUUCAAAUAUCCUAACCUAGUUAGUUAGUUAGUUAGUUCCGUUUCUGGGUGUACUAGAACAAGAGACACCGCGACCUAAAAGAUAUUUUGUAUCUCUUUAAAGGAGUCCCUAAUCCAAGAUACCUUCGGCUUCCCUAAUAGACGAAUUCCUAAUAACAAAGGGUUCGACCAUCGAAGAUUUAAAAUAAAGCAGUCUUUGUCUGGCUAAAGCCGGACAGGGACAGAAAACAUGCUCCGAAGUUUCAUCAGCCUCGAGGCAGAGCCGGCAUUCCUAACCGGCAGCUUAGAAAUUUUAUUUUAAAAUUUUCAAAUAUUUUUCGAAAGGCUCUAACGAAGGGACAAUGGUGAAAUUACUUUAAUGCGAAAUCCUCGUUAAAAAAAUAGAACUUUCGAGCAUGUGAUAGAGAAAGAUAUAUACAUACUUAAAAAUGCUAUGUAUAUUUUUCCGAGUAAGAAAAAUGUCUUUAGCUACCUAUCCUCGAAAAAAAAUCUGAUAUGACAGAGUAAUUCUGACUUGAGACUGGAAUUCAGCGACUGAAAAUCUGUUAGAAAUGGCUAGCCCUAUCUCAGACAAAAUCAAUGGUAGAAAAUUUGUUGAGUAGUGUUGCCAGAUAAAAUUUUGUGGACAUUUGGCACUUUUUAUAUUUAACCGACUGUCUUCACAUGCUUGAAAAUCUAGCUUGCGUUGUGCUUUUUCCUCUCGCAAGCGAGAUAGAAUUUUUUGAUGAUUUUUGUGUCAUGGAAUUUUGUGGCCAGGGCAUUUGGUAGCAUACUUUUUCAUUUGUAAAAUGUCGUCAAAUAAGAAGGUUGGAGCUUUUCAGCCCAAAUUUGUAUAUUUUCCACCAAAAUAAACGAUGUUUCUACUCUGAAGAAUUCUGCGAAAUAAGAAAAUACCUGCCAGACAACAAAAAAUAUAGUUGAAAGUAUGCGGGAGAUCUCGCAAACCGCUCGGUAUGCGAGAAAAAGUAUGCUUCCUACUUUUUGUGGUCUACAUGUGCGGGAUCUCGCAUGCGUCAUCACGCAAGCGAGAUUUUCCAGCACGUGAAGACGGCCGGUAACGCAAUAGCUCUCUAGGAGCUAGUGUAAUAGUAUUUUAAAAACAAAUCAUUCACGCCUUUAGCUGCUGGAUCCAUGGAUUUGAAUUAUAAAAUGUUUAAUGGAAGUUGAGGAUUAACUUGUUUAAUAUCAAAAAUUGCUAUAGGUAGAUAUAGUAUAUCAAAGUUUUUUUUUUUUUGAUAGAAGUGAACAAAGCUCGAAAACUUUGAUUCAAAGCACAUCUCUCUCUCUCUCUCUACUAACUCUCUAAAAUCUGUGUAUGUAUGUAUGAACGUACGCUCAAUAUUUUUUAUA